CUGUCAUAUUGUCAGAUGUUGAUUACUAAAUGUUUACAAAAAUUUUUAGUAAAUUUGUGAAAAAUGCUAAAUUAUUUUUCUAAAGCUAUUAAAUUACAAAAAUAGAUUAUUUACAAAGUGUGUAUAUUUGUAGGUAACAUAAUGGAUAUACAAAAAAUUAUUUAUGCUGUAUUUAGAGGUGUAUUCGACAGUUUUACUGGAAUGUAUGCACUUAUUUAUCUAGAUAAAGAAAUAAAUGAACGUAAAAUAACCAGACAGUCUCCAACGAGACUAAACUCUGUUAGGCAAAAACCUAUAGACCCUAAAGAAGGGACACCAUUAAGGCAACUAAAGAGACAUGAAGAAUCAAAAGUCAUAAAGAGGAUCAUGCAAUGUGGAACACUCAAUGGAGGAAUAUUUCUAAUAAGUCUUCUUUUAUUUGAAUAUGUAUUUCUACCAAGUAUAAAUCAAUUAUUGGUAACAGUAUUUGGAAGGGAAUCAUUUAUGGGUAAAUUAAUAUGGUCGUGGAUAGAACCUUUAGUAUCCAUUGUAUUUAAAACUGUAUGGGUUAUACCUUUGUUUUUGUUAAGUAAAGUGGUCAAUGCCUUAUGGUUUCAGGAUAUUGCAGAUUCAGCUUACAGGCAUAGUAGGGGUAGACCGGUAUUUUCUCAGAGCCUAAGCAAAGUUUUAGCUGAUUCAAUCUUCAGUAUUCUCAUCCAACUGUUGUUUUUAAUUCAAGCUACGGCUGUGAGUUAUAUACCAAUAUAUAUGGUGGGAUAUACACUAUCUUUAGCUCAGAUGUGUAUGUUAUAUUCUCUCUACGCCUUUGAGUACAAGUGGUUUAAUAUGGGAUGGGAAUUACAUAAAAGACUGUCUUUCAUAGAAACUCAUUGGCCUUAUUUCAUGGGAUUUGGUUUACCGAUGGCCAUUGUUACACAGUUAUCAGACUCGUGGGUAAUAAGUGGCUGUGUGUUCUCUGUAUUAUUUCCCUUUUUCAUAAUUAGUGGAAAUGAGGCUAAUCCUAUAUUGAAUACCAGUGGGUUUCCUCUACACUUCUUUGCACCAGUGAUUGCUAUAUCAAACACGUUGUUUAGCAAAACAAUCGGCAGUUCUAAGAGGUGAAAAAUAUUGAAAUGCUCAACAAUGAUUCAUUGUAAAUAUAUGAUUAAGAAUUUAAACAUAAGUGAUGUUUUUAUUUUAAUUUUUUUUGACAACUUGGGAUUUAUGUUUUAUGUUUUUAUUUUUAAUUUUUUGUUAUUAAACUUUAUUUUUUUAUGAUAA